UUUCCACAGAACUUCACUCUUCACGGCGCUCCCCAUUUCAUCUCAUCAUUGCCUCGAUAAGGAAAAAAAAGAAAAAGAAAAAAGCAAUCGAAAUUAAAUUUCGCAGAGAAAAAGAAAGGGAAAUCGGAAGCAAAAACCCUACCCACGACUUCCCAGUGAUCUCUGGUUCUCUCCAAUGGAGUUUUGGGGUGCUGAGGUUAAAGUUGGGGAACCUCUCUUGGUGAGUCCUGGGGAGGAGAAGAUAUUGCAUCUGUCUCAGGCCUGCCUUGGAGAGUCCAGGGGCAAAGGAAGUGAACCCGUUUUCCUAUAUGUCAAGGUUGGCAAUCAAAAGCUUGUUCUGGGGACACUCUCCUCAGAGAAAUUCCCACAAGUGUCCUUCGAUCUAGUGUUCGACAAAGAAUUUGAGCUAUCCCAUAAUUGGAAAAAUGGAAGUGUCUACUUUACGGGAUAUACAUCUCUUCUUCCAGAAGAGGAAGAAUCUUCUUAUACUGAUUCUGAAGAGGAUAUUCCAGUAGCUGCCGUUGACAAUGGAAAGCCUGAGGCACAGCCUAAGAAGGAUGCAAAGCCUGAUGCUUCUGGAAGUAAGCGAAAGGUGCAGAUUGUAGAACCAAACAAAAGUGGCUCUAAUUCAAUUAUUGACAGUAAGAAAAAUGAUGAUACUUCUGACGAAGAUGAUGAUGAGGAUGAAGAUAGCUUGGACGAUGAGAAUGCGAAUGGAGGCGAAGAAGAUGACACUGACGAUGAUGAAAAUGAGUUUUCUGGGGAUGACAGCGACAAAACUGAUAAUGAGGAAUCGGAUGACAGCUUGGCAGAGGAUGAGCAAACACCGAAAAAGGCUGAGGCAAGCAAGAAGAGACCUCUAGAGUCUGCUAAUAAGACACCUGCAGCUGAUAAGAAGGCGAAACUCGUUACUCCUCAAAAAACUGAUGGCAAGAAAGUUGUAGGUCAUGUAGCUACUCCUCAUCCUUCAAAGCAGGCUGGGAAAACACCUGCUGCUAAUGACCAAAAUAAGCAGCAGACUCCCAAAUCAGCUGGUGGCGCAUUCCCUUGCAAAUCCUGCAAGAGGGCAUUCGGGUCAGAAGGUGCUUUACAAUCCCACACAAAGGCUAAGCACAGUGCUGAGAAGUGAGUGAGCAUGAUAAAUAUUUUGAACUGUGUUGGUUUCUCUAAUGUGGGAUUAACAUAGUUUGAAUUAGGCUCCAUCUGAUCAGAGUUAUGAUACUGGAUGGUUGUGAAUUUUCUACCCCGACCCCUUUUGAUGAUGUUUCAUUUUCUAAGUGUUCUGGUGUGACUUCAAAUCUUAUUAUUAUUAUUCUUAUUAUUAUAAGCUUUUAGUGUAUAGACACUGGUAUUCCUAAUGAUGGUUCCUCUUAGACAUCGCA